AUGGGCGUCGGCUAUGACAAGGUGGAUCGCAUUGCCCUCGACAAACGAGGCGUGGUGCUUUGCAACAUUCCAGCUUGGAGCCCCAUCGACACUCCCCUCAUCUCCAGGAUCCAGAACGCCACCUUCGGUAUUCUGGGACUUGGUCUGAUCGGCACCGCAGUUGCUCUCUGUGCAAAGGCAUUUGGUUGGAAAGUCCUUGCCUAUGAUCCUUUUGCGCCAAAUGGAAUCGACAAAGCCUUAGGCAUAGAUCGGACUCGCGAUAUCAAUGAGCUCUUCCGGAGGAGCUCCACAAUUAGCGUGCAUUGCCCAGCCACUCCGAAAACCAUCAACCUCGUGAACUACCAGUUGCUCAGUCUCAUGCCCAGGGGCGGAUUACUGAUCAACACCGCCAGAGGCGAGGUUGUCAAUCUCGACGACGUAGAGCGAUGUCUGAGAGAAAACAUCCUCGGCGGCGUGGGUUUGGACGUGGUUCCAGACGAGCCGAUUCCGGCGGAGGGUCCCAUUCACUCUCUUCUACAGGCGUAUCGCGACCAUGAACCAUGGCUUGUCGGACGAAUGGUAGUGACGCCGCACAGCGCUUACCAGAGUCCGGAAAGUUUGCUGGACAUCAGGAUCAAGGCCGCCGAGGUGAUGCGGGACAACCUGAUCGACAAGCUCAAUGUCAAUAUUAUCUCGCUGAGAAAGGUCUAG